AUGCAUAUUAGCUCUAAUAAAGGUUAUCGCCUUGGCAGUAUGCGUGAGCGAGAGCUCGAAGAAACUUUACACCGCAGUUUAAAGUCUAUAUCCGAGCUAAAUGACUGUAAUGAAGGGUUGCAAUCUAAUUACUCGAAACGAGUGAAGGCUUUUGAUCGAGAAAGAGAGGAGUGGAAUCGGGAUUCAUUACGAAAUAAUACCGAGAUCCAAAAAUUACGUACCCACGCUUUACAAGUUAUUAAUGAGAAUAAACAGCUACAAAAUGAAAAUACUAAUCUUAUUUCGUGUAAUGCACAAAAGGAUAUUUCUCUUGCUGAAUCCAAGGCUAAGAAUGCUACAAAAUCCAAGAAAAUCAAAUCACUCGAGUCUGUGAUCAAGAUAUUGAAAAGUAAGUUGACUUCAGCCCAGAAAGAUGUGAUUUCGAUUCAAAGCGACUCAUCGAAAAAAGAAACUGAGAUCGCGUCCCUCAAAUCCAAAAUAGCUGAAGUAGAACAUGAGUUAGCUUCGAAAGUCAGUGAACUUGAGUGUCUGAAAUCGGAGGCUAUAUCAAACCCCGUACUUGGUGGAAACGAUGAAAAAAAUACGCUGUGCGAGGAACAAAGUUCCAUGACCAAGUCUGAUGAUAUAUCUGCAGUAUCGCAAAGCAGGCAAUUGGGGGAUGAAUCGGAGAUUCGAGACACUUAUGCGUCUAAUGAAUCUAGCAAAAAUCUAAGUAAGUAUUUUAUUCGUGGAAAAAAUAUGGAUCCAAUAGAAAAAAACGAUAAUGGUAUCUCGACAUAUACUAAUGAGGGAACUAACAUUAGUGAAAUUAACAAGGAUGAUAUACUAGAUAUAUCGAUAAAACCCAAUGCAUCAGAGGCUAUGCCUCAAAAUAUGACUCCACAUCUUAUACAACCGGAUAAUAAUAGCGGAGCUAGUGCUAAAGCACAUAUGUCCUCUUUGAUGUCACAGCUAUCAGCAUAUAUUUUUCUUAUUUUGUUGAUUAUUGCGGUUAUGUGGUUCGUGAGACGUACAUGGGGGUUUGAUAGGAAAAAUGAGCGGUUGCGGGAUGCAUGGACUAGAAAAAUAAUUAUGAAUAUUAACGCUAUUUCUCCUGCAACACACGCUUUAUUAGUACCAGAAAUUUUGGAAAAUAUAUUUAGCCAUCUUUCUAAAGAUGAGGAUCUAUUUAAGAUUAUUACAGUCAAUCAUGUCUGGCGCUCUGAAGGGUUUCGAGCUAUCUGUAAUUUAUAUACAUUUCGACUUAAUAAUUGGGUUUCUCAUUUUAAUAAUACUCUAUCAGUAUGGUAUAAAGGAAAGAUUUUAAAAUCUUGUCUUAAUGAUGUUAUUUCCUGUGUUUAUAAAGAUUUUGUUUCAUUAUCAAUGAUAUAUAAUAAAUACUUUGCUCGAAAUAGAAACAUGAUAUUUUUCUUUUCACGAGAAAUGUUAGGAGAUCUUAUAAAUGAGUAUAUAUACUUUCAAGGAGAUAUUGAAAAUGAAAUGAUAGAGAUAUCUAAUUACAAUUAUUAUUAUUAUAAUAUACAUAUAUGUAAUAAUGAAGAAGAGAUCUCAUAUAGUGAUGAUGAAGAAGAAGUCUCAUACA